CCGCGACCCCCGCCCGGCCCUUGCAAGCUCGGGUCUAGUCCUACAGUUGCGGGAUGCCCCGCAUGGUCUAAGUUCCGCUCCGUUCGGGUUUCCGUUCACGGAGUCCGAUGCCCGUCUGGUAAACCUGAAGCUGACCGGGCGGAAUGACCGGAAUCGGAGGGGGGAGCCGGUGGGCGAAGCGCAGGUGGUGAUAGACAUGUCUACGCAGAGCCAGGUGGGCCUCGUCGUGAACGCCUCCCCGCUGCUCCUCGUUCGAAACGCGUCCGGCGUUUCGCUGGACGUCUUCAGCCGGUCCCAAGACCAGGGGCCGGACCCCGGAAGAGACGACUUCUUCACCCUCGCGAAUAACCGAGCAGCCGACGAUCUGGCGUCCGCAUUCCAACGAGCUGCGGACGGGACGUCGAAGGGACUGUCCGCAAGCGACGCCUUUCUCUGCAUCCGCCCCACCGGAGCCGUCGGCCCCAGCGGCUGGUCGGAUGACAUCAUCCGGGCUCCGCAGACGGCUCUCCCGGCGUGGGCCGAUCAGCUCGUAAUGGGCGCGCGCUCCGUCAUGAGCGAGAUCCUGGGCCACCGGUUCGACCUCGCGGUGGCGACCGUGUCCUGCAAAACGCUCUUGCGAAAGGUGCCACGCCGAGAUACAGGCGCAGUAAACAAUUGGGCCGACCAGAGGGAGAUUGUUGUGCUGCCGACGAUGCGGGUGCGCAACACGCUGCCAGAGGACGUGGCGGUGCGGCUGCACCAGUCACAUGACGAGGCUGACGCGUGGCUGACGUCAUUGGCGGGGAGGGCGAAGGGGGACAGGGGAGGCGGAUUGGCGGAAUUAAGCGGCGGGGCUUUGGAGGAGGGGGAGAGGGAGGAUGUGGACAGGGAAGAGUCUGGCGCUUCGAAUGGAGAAACUGGAAAGGACGGGGACGGAACGGUCGUUAAACCAGGGGCGGAUGCCGAAGGAGUAGUGCCAAGAGAUGGGGGAAACGAGGGGAGUCUGCAGAAGGCAGCCCAUAUGAAUGGGGCAACGGAUGCAAAUAUUGAUCCUGGCGGUCUGUCUGAUGCCGUAGACUCAGUAACCAGCAAACCGGUUGACUCUGAGACUUUCACCGGGAACGAAAAGCAAAAUGAAAGCGAGUCUGGGGCACCUACGAAGGCCACGGGAUCAGUUUCAAAAGUGAAGCCCAUUUCAAAGGCGCCCACUAAGAAGUUCACGCUCUCCCAGACCGCCAGCUUCUUCCGGAGAGCUGCUCCGAGAAACCCGCUAGAGGGCGUCGACGGCUCGGUCGUGCCUGGGAGGGGCCAAGAGAUCUGCCUCCACGGAAACCCGGCCAACGCGUUUCUGAGCGUGUACCACCCGGAACUGGGUGCCAGUCUAGAACCGGUGUCUCUGGCCGAAAGCGGGUUAGUUGACCUAACCGCAGCCCGUGAGUCGCUGUCAAUAGCGGGGUGGGGGUCGUCGGGAAACAAGUCGGAGACCGAUCUGGAGGUGCGGUUUGGAAAGGGCGACAACGACAAAAAGGGACUGGUAGUGGUUCGAGUGGCGAGAGACGCGGACGGCGUUCUCAAGUUGACUCUCCACGUCAGGUACUCCUUCCAGAAUGACAGCGGCGCGGUUCUCGAGUGCGUCCCCUGUCCGCAGCCCAAAAAGAAGGGCCACUUCGGACGGCAUAAGGGGCCCCCCGACGCCCCGGACUGGCCCCCCCGGGACCAUCCGGACGCAGCAUCGACGGCCCAGAUUCGCCCAGGCACCCUGGCGGCCUGGAUGUGCGGCUCGGAAACGCUCCUGGUGCGAGAACCCCCCCGGAGCGGGAGCAGCCCCCCGAAAGCGACGUUUCUGGACAUAAAGGCGCUAGCGGGCGCGCUGGAGAUCGAUUUGGUGGGGGAGCGAGAGGACGGAAAGAGGCGGCACCUGCAACUUGGCUUGGCAAUCGUGACUCCAACGCUUGGCACAGCGGCUAGCGCAAUGGACCUCACCCGCAUCAUCCGCUUGCGGCCUCGCUACAUCGUGCUCAACAGCGGGAGCAAGCCCAUACUAGUUGCUCAGGACGGCUUCGAACGAGACCCACAGUUCGUGAGGAAGCUUGCCCCGGGGGAAAGGGUCGCCAUGCACGCGCAAGAACUGGUCACGGACGAGAACAACGAGGAUGGCGACAGACGAAAAGGACACAGUGAACACAACGGCCCCGUUGAGUCCCCCGGCCAAUUACACCUUCGCGUCCGCCCGGAGGGAUCCCCUCACGAGUGGUCGGGGCGCCUGUGCGCCGCUGCACUGGGCACCUUUUACCUCAAGUCCCGGCCGGGUCUGCAGCUGGGGGAUCCCCCGGCAGGCGACCGAGCCCCGCUCCUGUGGCUGGCCGAGGUCGCCGACGACAGCCCCAGCCUGGUCGUCAGUAUCCGCCCACAAACUACCGCAAGCGUUCCAUACAAAAUCGAGAAUAACAUGCAGCAGGGGAUCAUCUCGUUCUGUCAAAAGGGCAUGUCCGAAAUGGAGUUGCUGGAGCCGGGGCAAUCCGUGGAGUUUGUGUGGGACGACCUUGCUCAAGAGCGGCGGCUCGUGGUCGUGGUCGUCGGCACCCAGCUGCGCGAGGAGGUGCGGUUGGACAAGCUGCGCGGCUGGACGGCAAUGCGCGCCCGCGGCGCCGCGCGCUCGAGCACCUUCUUCUCGCGCUUCCACGACAAGGUGGCCACGGCCGCGCUCAAGGCUAUGGCAGGGGACGCGGCCGAGGGUGACGUCAGCUACCAGGUCUCGGCCGACGGCCCCACUCGCGUGCUGCGCGUCAGCGACCAAACGGAGGAGACGUCAGCGCCCAAGGAGGAUGACGUGGCGACCAUGGAGGCUCGCGUCAGCCUGUCGUCACUUGGGUUCACGCUCCUCGAAAACGUCCGACAGCGGAGGGAAAGAGACCGAGCACGGUUGCAAGUGGCGCAGACAGUGAACGAAGAGAGCUACAGCCCGCUGCUGUAUUUGAGAGUGAUUGGCGUCGAGGUGGAUUACGUCAGCGGAGAGGAGAGCGUGUCAGCGGAGGUGAAGCUGCGGCGUGCGGACAUCGACGUCCGGUGGGAGGGCGCCCGCAAGCCGGUGCUGCUGCGGCCGUACGCGGGCUUCGACGACGAAAAGGGCGACACGCUGAUGCACCUCGCGGUCAUCGGCUCCACCAAGACCACGAGCCCGCUGCACCUCACCUACUUUUCCUUCCUUCUCCAAGCAAUUGAGGUGAACGUGGACGAGGACACGCUGGUGAAGCUGGUCGCGUUUGCGCGCACGUCGCUGGCCCCGCCGGUGACCAAGGCCCCCAGCACGCUGGUCUACUUCGAGCGCUUUGAAGUGCACCCCAUCAAGAUUGUGGGCAGCUUCCUCCCGGGCAGCGCGGACACGGAGGGCGACUCGGCGCAGGAGGCGCUGCGCGGGAUGCUGCACUCGGUGGUCCGGCUGCCGGCCGUGAAGAACCAGAAGGUGGAGCUCAACGGGGUGCUGCUCACGCACGCGCUGCUCACCUACAGCCAGCUGGCGACCAAGUGUGCCAUCCACUACUACUGGUACGCCAUGCGCGCAAUCUCGCUAGCGCGCGGCGCCGAGUUCCUCCCGCCCUCGUUCGUCUCCCUCUUCGAUGACUCCGCCUCCGCUUCUCUCGACGUCUUCUUCGACCCAAAAGCCGGCGCCAUCGACAAAACCGUGGGGAUGUUCAACCUGCUCCGGAAAGAGGUCAAGAAGCGGGGCGGCUGGAGCCCGCUGACAUCAUGGGGCGCGGGCACGCGCAUCCUGGGCGAGCAGGCGGCGGGGUGGGGAGUAAACGUCGCACGUGUGCUGCUGACGGAGGUGUCGGACAGCCUGCUCAAGGGGGCCGAGACGCAGGGCAUGGACGGACUGUGGCGGGGUUUCCAGCGCGGCGUGAUGCACGCGGCGAUGGCGGACCCUAUGACGGUCCUCCAGGCGGCGCUCAAGGGCUCGGGGACCCACAAGAUUCAGCUGGACAAGAGCCUGGGGACGGACGAGGCGUACAUCGAGGGCUACCUGCAAGCCAUGCUGGACCGCACGUUCCGGCAGGACUACCUACGUGUCAAGCUCUCGAACGACCAGGUCAUCCUCAAGAACCUCCCGCCCAACAGCCGGCUGACGUCAGAGAUCAUCGAGGAGACGCGCAACUUUUUGAUCGGCGAGGGCCUGAUCGAGGGCGACUCGCACGCGGCCGUCGCGCGGUCCCGCCGCUUCCGCGGCGAGGACAAUAGCUUAUUGCCGAUCGCGCGCGCGCUCGCGGAGGAGCUGGUGGUCGUCAUCAUCGUACACAAGCUGCACGUCCGCGCGUGCCAGCUGCUGCAUCUGCGGACGUCCGAGAAGGAGAAACCGUUACCAAUGGAAAAACCGUUGCCGUUGCCGGAGGAGCACAAACCGAAGAAGGAGGGCGGAGCGAACAUCCGGAGUAUAGUGCGCAAGGGCGCGUUCCACCUCGCGCUUUCUAGCGCGCUCGCGUGGGUAGAUGGGCGGCUUUGUAGGCGGAUACCAAACCCAUUCAUGCGGAAAAUAGUGAGCGCGUUCAUUCUCAGCUUCGUGACUGAGAGGCGCCUCUAGAGCAUGCGCUAGUAGGUUUUGUUUGGACUGUUGCACUGUUUAUAUGGCAUACAUUGCAUCGCUUAAAAGCAAGCAGCAAGCAAUUAUCGAGAAAGAGGCUGCUAGGAAGUGACGGUAAUGGAAAAAUCGCGUGAGCAGUGGGCCGAUCAAGGUUACAUUUGAUGACGUGAUGCUAGCGUCGAAAGCGCUGCUAAAAGCAACGUAAUCUAUUGCAUCCAUCAGGAUUUGGAGGUCGGACACUCGUUUAGAGUCAAAGACUUCAGUAGCGACAGGAGUCGAAUAGCAGCCGAGAGCAAUCAAAACGUGACAGACGCUCAUGUCUUAUCCGUGUCUCGUUCACAG